UAUUCCGAAAUGUACAACUCUUCAAGACUGAUACCCUUGGUACUGGCUCCUACGGGGCAGUGUGUAAAGCCAAGUGUGAUGAGCUAAUCUGUGCUGCCAAACUACUGUAUCCAGUGCUCUUCCAAAUGACUACUCCUGAUCCUGGCAAAGAACAUAGACAUCCCUUUAGAAGAUUCGAAACCGAGUGCGCAUUUCUGAGUCGCAUCAACCACCCCAACAUUGUACAGUACUUGGGGACCUAUCGUGAUCCCGACACAAAUGCACCAGUUCUUCUCAUGGAGCUCAUGGACGAGAGCCUGACACACUUCCUGGAGUCAUCACCUGAAGACAUUCCCUACCACAUCCAAGUCAACCUCGCCUAUGACAUAGCUCAAGCACUUGCCUUUCUCCACUCUAAUGGGAUCAUCCAUCGUGACCUUUCCAGCAACAAUGUCUUACUGAUUGCUGGCAGCCAUGCCAAAGUCACUGAUUUCGGAAUGUCCAAAUUCACAGACAUAAACAUCACCGGCCGACUAGCCACAAUGACCACAUGCCCGGGAACACCAACCUUCAUGUCACCCGAGGCACUAAACGAACCACCAGUGUACACAGAUAAACUAGACAACUUCUCAUUUGGUGUGCUUAUAGUUCAGAUCACAACUCGACAGUUUCCAAAGCCAACAGAUCGAUUUGUAAACGUUCAAAUUCCUGAUCCUCGAAGCCCAAUUCACAUAGUUGAAGCGAAGUUGCCAAUUCCAGAACAGGACAGACGACAAGCCCACAUCAGCCUGAUUGAGCCCACCCACCCUCUACUGCCGAUUGUGCAUCACUGCCUCAAAGACAGAGAUGUUGAAAGACCAUCUUCCCAACUGCUUUGCCAAACACUGGAUGCUCUCAAACGGACAGGCAAGUACCAGGAAAGCUCCCAACAAGACCUGCUCCAGAUAAUCAGAGAGAAAGAUGAGCAACUUGCAACUAAAGAUGAACAAAUACGAGCAAAUCAAGAUAUUAUAACAGAAAAUCAAGAGACAAUCACGUACAAAAACGAGGAGUUGCAUACAAAAGACAUUGAAAAUGGUCAAUUCACUACAAGACUAGGCCAAGCAACACAAGAAAUUCAAACCCUUCAACAUGAGGCUGAAGCGAGGGAGAGACAGCUGAGGAGACUCAACCAAGAGUUGCAAUCAAGUGAUGAGAACACUGCUGCCCUCCAACAAGCCAUCAAUCAACGAGACAGAAAAGUGACUCAAUUGAGACAAACGUUGGCAAGCAAGAACGAGGUGAUUUAUGAUUUAUCGACUCAAAUGCAUCAAGUCGCACUGCAAGAUGAAAUACAAGCUCAAGCUACAAUGAAACUAGAGUCACUACCUGAUGCACCUGAUGAUAUGAGGCAUGGAUCAUCAGACAAGGCAUACUUUAAUAAUGAAAAUAAAGCUGUUUAUGAGUUCAGCAACAAUAAGUGGCACAAGUUGCCACCUUGCCCUAACAACCAUGUCACUCUUGUCAGUGCUGAUAACAUGCUCACAACUGUGGGGGGAAGAUCAGACACACAAUUCUAUAGCAAUAAACUCUACAGCUAUAUUAACAACAAAUGGAUUGAACACUUCCCUCCCAUGCCAACUAGACGGAGGGUACCUGGAACUGUGUACGCUAACAACACACUUGUAGUGGCUGGGGGAUAUUUUUAUGCAAAAAGUUUAACUACUGUCGAAAUAUUAAACACUGCUAACAUGCAAUGGUCUAUUGCUAGCUCACUACCUGUGCCAACCGAUGAACUAUCAACAACGAUCUGUGGAGGCUAUGUAUAUAUACAUCCACGAGCUAGAGAUGAUCAAGAGAAAUAUUCAGUAUACAUGUGCUUAUUAAGACAACUAACUCAGUCCCAGCCAAGCUCAGCUAUAUGGGAGAAAAUUGCUCACUUGCCAGUUAGCAGGUCUUUUCUAGUUACCGUCAAUGGCCACCUGCUGGCAGUGGGUGGGCUGGACUCCAAUCGAGAUAACACUAAGGACAUAAUUCAGCUCAACAUGACAUCAUGGACUGUUGUUAGUCAAAUAUCAACACCUCGAUCAUUAUGCCUCGCUGCUGUUCUCCCUGGGAACGAACUGAUUGUGGUGGGAGGGUUUGGUGCACCGAGAAAGUGUGAAAUAGCUAGUGCUUAAUUUAAAGCAUUUAUUAAAUAAUUAUUGUAGCAUUACAUGCAUCCCAUAUCCCAUACAAAGCUAAUACAUAAAAAAUUGAUAACUAUGUGUUGAACGAUAAU